AUGUAUUCAAUCACUACCCCAACAAUUUACUUGUACGAACGAGCAUCCAAGACAUCAGAUGACGAUAGUGAAACCAGUUCCGACUAUUGCAAAAAGCAUUCUAACUCCUCGGAAUGUGAGAAACCAGUGAGUAAUGAUAGUCUCACAAUUGCCUUGUCCAUCGUUUUACCUGUUGUCGCCAUUCUUUGUGUCUUGGGUUAUUUUCUUUACAGAAACUAUCGUAAAGAUAAAAAGGAGGAUUUGGAACGUGACCCAGAUUUUUACGAAACUGGUGAAGCUACUGCUUUGCCUGAUUAUCCUGAAAUGAAACAUGAAGAUCCAUUCCACAAUAGAAACUCAAUCAGAUACCCUAUGGAGCAAAUAAAUAGACAAAGCAAUUUUGGCGGCGAUAGACGGUACACUCAGCAUAUGGCAAGAAAAUCACAAGAUCCCUAUCUAGAUAGUUUUGUUUUACCUUAUCAGCACCAAACCGGGUCGAAACUUUCCUUGGAUGACUAUGCUAGAAACUUGGGUGAUCUGCAAGGAUAUCAUACGCCUAAUAUCCAAACUAGAGCCAAUUCAAUGCAUAUUGAUGCCGCUUUGAAGAUGAGCUCGAACACCCAUUCAAGAAAGCCAAGUUCUCAAAUCAGUCCACUGAAGAAAAUUGAUGGUAAGCAGUAUACAAAUAUCCCUAAUGAAUCCAAUCCCGUCCUCCAUGAAGCAUCACAUGAGGUGUCGAGUAUUUUGGAUGAAUCUGGUGGAUCUGCGUCUGAUGAUAGUGGAGUCAUAUCUCCACAGGACAAUAAUUUUGGUAUAACUUAUGAGAAUGAGUCAGAAAUGGCAGUCAAUAACGCAAUUCCGCAAAUAGUUGUUGAUGAAGGGGACGACACUGAACACCAUGAUUCAACUGAGAUGUCACCUUUCAACGAUGACCGCCAUCCACAUGAAACAAAGGAUAGUACUUUGGAAACAAUCCCAAUGCAAAACUUGAAAAAGGGUGUAAACAAAGAUGCUUCAAAUGAAGAUGAUGCCGUGUCCUCCUCGUCAGCUGAAUCCAAUACAAAUCCAAUUCACAAGAAAUCGGGUAAAAUCAACAAGUCACCUAGAAUUUCAGCAUUCAAUUUGUUGAAAAAUGACAGUGAUGCUGAAGAUGAAGAUGGUGAUGAUGAUGAGGAAUUAGAGAAGCUCACGCCAAUGCAACAAGAGGAAAUCAAACGCAUGAAAUCUGUAUACAAGGUUUAUUUUGACAAAGAUGGAGAAGCUGUAAAGAGACAUCCUGAGCAAGGUGAAGGUGAAGCGAGCGAGGUUGAACCUAUUCAAGGGGAACAAAUCAAUGAGGAUUUGAGAGUUGAUGCAGAUUAUGCGAAGAGGUAUAGUAAUACAUCUUCAGUGUAUGUGGAUCCAGAAGAGGCAUAUCAAUAUCAACAACAACAACAACAAAUGUAUUACAACCACUUUAAUCAACAGUAUCAACAACAGUAUGGAACCCCUGUUGACCCACAAUUGUAUCAACAAUUCCAACAACAACAGUACUACUAUUACCAAAGACAGCAACAGCAGCUUCGACAACAACAGCAGCAGCAAGUCCCACCUCGUCCUUUGCCCCCCUUGCAACAGUUGCGUAACCCAUCUGAUCUUCGUAAAUCGACAAUACAAACAUUUACUGAUUUCAGACCUCGUGCUAAGAACCAAACCGUCACGUCACCACCAGAAGGCAAACAACCAUUUGUUCCUAUUGAAAACGAUAAUGUUUGGACUUCUCCCAUAAAUUCGCCCAGCAUACAAUCUCAAUCAUCGUUCACCAGCCAGCCCAACUACAACCGCAAACAAGGGGUGAACUACUUCCCUCAACAGCAACAACCACAACAACAACAACAACAACAACAACACCCAAUAUAUCAAACCAAUGCAAAAGCAAAUUCGAACACAUCUAUCCCCUCAGCAACCCAAGUUUCUAGAUCAUCGGUAGUAAUGUUGAAUCCAGUUACUGAAAUUACCAAAUCGCGUAAGUUUAAACCCGCUGGGUCGUUACCUAAUACAAACCAAUUGCAUGCUCAAUUUGGACAUAGCGAUUUGAACGGACCAGAGAAUGAUUUGUUACCAAGUAAUAGGAAAAGUGAUGUCAGGAGGAUGAUGAAUAGUAAUUUUUGA